AGCAGGGACCCAAAGGCAGUGCUUAACGCAGCGGCUGAAAGCGUGCGUGGGAGGCGGGGGCUCUGGGUGGAACAAAACUCACAGGAUGUCACAGAAGCAUGUCUCCCGGGAAGAAACGAGCUAAAAGAGGGGUCCCAGUCACCAUGGAGGACCCACACCCUGAAGAGCCCAUGGAGCAGCAGGAUUCGCCCAAUGAGAGGAGCCCCCGAAGUCCAGGAGACAGCAUCUGCCACCUGGGGGCCCUGCAGUGCACCCGCUGCCUCAUCACCUUCGCAGAUUCCAAGUUCCAGGAGCGUCACAUGAAGCGGGAGCACCCAGCGGACUUCGUGGCCCAGAAGCUGCAGGGGGCCCUCUUCGUCUGCUUCACCUGUGCCCGCUCCUUCCCCUCCUCCAAGGCCCUGAUCGCCCACCAGCGCGGCCAUGGUCCAGCCACGAGGCCCUCCCCACCGGCUGCGCCCACCACUGCCCAGCCCACCUUCCCUUGUCCUGACUGUGGCAAGACCUUUGGGCAGGCUGCUUCUCUGAGGCGACACCGCCAGGUGCACGAGGCCCGCGCCCGUCCUGGUACCUUUGCCUGCACCGAGUGUGGUCAGGACUUUGCCCAGGAAGCAGGGCUGCAUCAACACUACAUUCGGCAUGCCCGGGGUGAGCUCUGAGUGCAGCGUGAGCCCCCUCCACGGCGAUAAGGAACUCUGUGGCUGGUAGGACCCACCACGGUAUGGGCACAGGAACUCUGGGGGCCUCAGUGGGAUUUGCUUCCCUCUUUGGGAAAGCAGAGGGCUCUCUGAUUAAUAGGACCCAAAGGAUUCU